GAAGGGUAAAGAAUCUACAGCCACUAAUUUUUGUGAACACAAAUUCUCCAUCUCGCUUUCGAACUUACAAAUUCCAUAUCCACCGGAGUGAGACUUUAUCCAAAGACAUAAUGUUUUACGGAAUUCGAAGUAGCAUUACGUUUGCCUUGUUGGCCCACCUUUCAUCAGCUUCCGGUCGUACAUUUACCGACGAUUUGGGAGUUACUCACAAAAUUACUGGAAAGCCUAAGUUCGUGACUUACGCUUUAACGGCAGUAGCUUUGCAGCAUCUCGGUCUUGGGACAGAUCAGCUUGUAGGAACGUAUGGCGAAAGAGCCGUUGCAGGGUCGGACAUCGACUUCACUAAGUUGACUGAAGAAUCUAGUUUUCCGGCCGAUCCCAACCCCGAAGAGCAAGAAUUUCUGUCUAGCGUCACCAACUUGUCUCCUGGUUGUGGUGCCGAAUUCUGCCAGGAGUUUGAUAUAGAAGGUUUCAGAGCACUCAAACCAGACUUCAUCAUCAUGCAUGGUUACCGACAGGCUGUCUGGGGGCUGGACGACCGUGUGACGGAAAUCGAAGCAGCCAUAGGCAAGCCCAUUAUAUACAUUGACAUUUCUCUGGAGGGUCCGGAAUGCAAGGAGGGAUCUGGUGAAGACCGAUGCUACGGGAAAUCUUUGAUUGAGGUGAUUGCGCAGUACGAGGUACUUGCCGUCGCCCUGGGCAUCGACAUUCCCGCCUCCGUGGACGAAGAUCGUCGGCGACUUUGUCAAGCAUCCGCCAAUUUUCAAGAGAUAGCUCGCGACGCACACCUUCGAGGUGUACGUGCGUUGGCAGCCUACUUCUCUCCACCUGAAGGUGGCGAUUUUGGUACUCUCAACUACUUUGCUAAUCCUCCCGAUGACUUGGUUCUCCGAAUGCUGGAAGAACUUGGGCUACCGCUCUUGCACGUCAGCUGUAACAGCCCCGGCGAAGAAGGUUGCGACUCUGGAUAUUUCUGGGAGAGUAUUUCCACGCAAGAAUUCUUCAACAACUGACCGAAUUUUUUCGACGCAUUCCCCGACAAGGCUAUCGGUGCACGUCAAUUUGCCUAUUGGCCAAUAGGAGCGGGAACGGUUUCGUACCGUCAUGCAGCCGAAAUUCUUGAACUCAUCGCUCCCGCACUCGACAAGGCCGACCGCCUGCACCCGUCUACGUCGUGCACGCCCGGAGUGGAUGUGAGUGGUAUCGCUCACCGUGUCGUUGGACUAGAGGGUGGGGAGUAUGCCUGUUAUGACGAAAAGUUUCAUCGCCAAGCAUAUUUCGAAUGUCCUGCGUCCAGGAAUAGUGAAAGUGGACUCAAUGGCGGAGCAAUGACCGGUAUUGUGAUCGGUGCCGUCGUGGGCUUCGCCGUGUUGGUAUUGAUCAUCCUGAAGAGCCGCAAAACCCGUCACACUGCAUCCGAAAAGGAAAGUUCGGUCACAUCGGGAGAAGAAUUCCCAACGGGUCAAAUUUAUUGAUUGCCGCAUUGACUGAGAUUGCAUUUUUUGUCUCUGUUUGUUAAUCAGUUUUAACUUUUCCGUUUUUCUGU